UCGCAAGCAGAGCUUUCGCUUUAUCCGUAAUAAGCCUUUGUGGUGAUGUUUUUUGCGAUUUGUUCAAAUACUUUCUGCCAGCUAUAAUGCAGGACUUUAACUCUUGCUUGGUGUUUUUGUUGUGCGAAAUAUUAAUAUGCCUUAUCUAUUGGCUCAUCUUUUAUCAUUUUUUAAUUCUACGGUUGUUCAUAAAACGAAAUUCGAUGCGAUAUCUUUCAUUGAUUCUUUUUUUUUGUAAAUUUCAUUUUCAAGUAUUGGAGUGCUUUAGUUUUUUUUCCGAUGCAGGUGCAAAUAUUUUUGAACAAAAAAUGCCAACGAUCAUACAGAUUAAAACGAAAUCCUCGUGACAUACCGUGGACAGUGUUAUACCGUCGUAAACACAAAAAGGGUGUUCAUGGUGAAGAAAAUGCACAGAAGAAACGAACACGACGCGUUAUACAAAUUGCUUCUCGAGCAGUUGGUAAUGUUUCACUAGAAGCUAUACUUGCAAAACGAAAUCAGAAACCGGAAUUUCGCCGUGCACAACGUGAACAGGCAAUAAAAGCUGCGAAAGAAGCUGCGCGGGCAUCAAAGAGCGAGAAGAAAGCAGCAAAUAAGGCGUUAAAGGAGAAGAAGGCUGCUCCAUCGAAGAUGAAGAUACCAAAACCAACGAAAACCCAACAGCCACGAGUUGGCGGCAAACGCUGAUUUUGUAUUCUUUUGAUUUUUUCUUUUGUUUAAUCGCAUAAAAGUUCUUGUUAUACUUCGAGUGACAGCAUUCGUUUAUUAAUAUCAAUUGUUAUUUAAUUAGUUGGAC